AUGUCUUCUUCACUCAUGGGUACCAUCGUUGGGGACUACGAGAUUGGCGGUUUCUUGGGCCGCGGCCAGUUUGCAAGUGUCAACAUGGCCACGCAUGCGAAGACUGGAGAAACCGUGGCGGUGAAAAUCAUCAACACGAGCAAAAUGGAUCGCGUGAAGAUCGAGCGUGAGGUCGAAAACCAGCGCGCGGUCCGCCAUCCAAACAUCAUCCGUCUGAUGGAGAUAACAGAAGUGGAUGGCUUAGUCUUCGUCUUCAUGGAGCGAGCAACAGGGGGCGACCUCUUUGAGCUGAUCAUUGCCCGGAGCCGACUUCAGGAACCAGAGGCUCGGCAGUACUUCUGGCAGAUUGUCGACGCAGUGAGCUUCUGCCAUCGGAAUGGCGUGGUACAUCGUGAUCUGAAGCCGGAGAACAUCUUCCUCGACUCCAACAUGAACGUGAAGCUGGGAGACUUUGGUUUGUCGGCGAGAUUCGAGUGGGGAACCCCUCUGACAGAGUCGGUGGGCUCCCCGAACUACGCAUCUCCAGAGCUGCUGCAGCGCGCAUGCAGCUACCAAGGUCCUGAGGUCGACGUUUGGGCGCUGGGGUGCGUCCUCUACGCCAUGAUUACCGGGACGUUGCCCUUUGAUGCAGACAGAAUUGAUGCUCUGUUCAAGCUCAUCAAGUCUGGCACCUACCGCAUGCCUGGCUAUGUCUCGGUGGAGGCUAAGGACCUCAUCUCCAAGAUGCUGACGAUUGACCGGGACGCUCGCGCCUCUGUGGCGGACGUCCAGAGGCACUGCUGGUUGGAAGAGCAGGCCAAGAAGUCGGUGCCUGCCAAGGAGGUGAAGGCCGCCGACGACCCAAACCCGAAGCUGCUGGCCAAGAUGCUGCUGGCCAUGACAGAUGGCGGUGCCAACCAAGUCUCGCACAAGAUCCGCUCCUGCCGCAGUUUUGGGCAUGUGACCGCCAAGCGCCGAGCCAGUCAGUGCUCCUCGUUUGGAAGUUUUGCCCGAGCAUGUUCCAUGGAGUCUGUCGUUACGACGCCGGCAUGCUGA